GUUCAAGGGCACGGUUGGGAUUCCCAGGUUGCUGAGAACAUCGGCCUCCCUUCCUCGGUCGCUCCCUCUUAAACUUUGGUCCGUCAUACGUACACGAUGCACUUGAUACUUUCAUUAUUGGUUGCGGUUCUGGCCGUCCCUGCCUUGGGGUACGUUCGGCCUCCGUUGCUGAAUUCACGUUACCAACGUCAUCCACUCCGUGAACUGGUUCGCGACCAGAUACAAUCGCCGUUCCUUAAUGAGCGCUCAAGCGGUGAGUUAAGCCAUCUUAUUCAGCGUGGGGUCAACUUACCGACCUGGCCAGGUUUCGCCGUCAAUGGCUCGGCCAUCCCGAUGGUUGACUUCGACGUGGGCGAGUCCUACGCCGGACUGCUACCCACAGGCAACGACACCAGCCGCCAGCUUUACUUUUGGUUCUUCCCGUCCACCAACCCGGUUGCCCAAGAGAAAAAGGAGAUCUUGAUUUAUCUCACCGGCGGCCCGGGGUGCUCGUCAAUCGGCGAGUUACUCCAGGUGAACGGUCCCAUCUCCUGGCAGCCGGGGACGUACCAGCCGAUCCAAAACCGAUGGAGCUGGCACCGCCUCACCAAUGUCGUCUGGAUCGAUCAGCCGGUCGGGACGGGAUUCUCGCAGGGCACCCCCAUGGCCACCAGCCAGGCGGACGUGGCCCAAGACUUUCUCGGAUUCUGGAAGAACUUUGUCGACACCUUCACCCUCCAGGGGUACCAGGUGCACGUCACGGGCUCGUCGUAUGGCGGCAUGUACGCGCCAUACAUUUCCAGCGCCAUGCUCGACCGCAAGGACACGGGCUACUUCAACGUCUCGGGCAUGGCCAUCUGGGACGGCUUGUACUCCAAGUUCCCACUGACCGAAGACAUCCCUGUUGCCCGGUACGUCGACAAGUGGAAGGCGGUUCUUCCCUUCAACGACACGUUCCGGGCCACCAUCAAGGCGAUGGACGAGCAGUGCGGGUACACGGCGUACCUCGACGAGUUCCUCGUCUACCCGCCCAAGGGCCCGCAACCCUCCAUCCUGCCGGGCGAGGACCCCGCCACUGGCAUGGCACGCCCGGAGUGCGCCCUGUACGCCGCCACAUUCCUCGCCGCCCUAGAGCUCAACCCGUGUCUCUACCCCGCCGACGUCACCUCGCGCUGCCCCGUGCCAUUCGAUCCCAUCGGCUUCACCGGCGGCACCUUCACGCUCCCACCCAGCUUCCCAACCCCCUACUUCGACCUCCCCGCCGUCAAAGCCGCCAUCAACGCCCCCCGCAACAACACCACCUGGGCCUUCUGCCAGGACAUGGCCACCAGCCCCGUCUUCGUCGGCGGCGUCGACACGUCCCUCAACGCCGGCCCGGGCAGCCAGCCCGUGCUGCCGCGCGUGAUCGAGCACACGGGGAAUGUGAUUCUGGGCCAUGGGUCGAGAGACUUUUUGUUGUUGCCCGAGGGGUCGCUGCUGGCGAUUCAGAACCUGACGUGGUGUGGUGAGAUGGGGUUUCGCGAGCGGCCUGGGGGGGUGUUGGUCGUGCCGCGGCAUGGUGGUGGUGGUGGUGGUGUUGCGGCGGGCGCGGGGGUGGUGGGGUCGAGUCAUGUCGAGAGGGGGCUGACUUGGUUUGAGGCGGCUAUGGGCGGGCAUGUGCUUGGGAUGGAUCAGCCGGCGGUGACGUUUCGGAUGGUUGAGGUGUUGUUGGGGCGGGUGGAGGGGUUUGAGAGCACGGUGCCGUUUACGGUGGAUAUGGGCGGUGGUGUUGGCGUUGGGCAACCAAGGUAGAUGAGGGGGUGGUGUUGGGGAAGGGGGCGGUGGGUGUUGGUGGGAUGGUUAGGUCUGGAUAUACGGGGUGAUCUGGUAAUGGGGCGGCAGGAGUUGCGUGAGGUGGUGAUGGGAUGGGUGAGAGAGUGGGUGGUUGUGCUCUCUCUCUUUGAGAGAAUGGGUUUAAUUACACGAGGGAUGUUAGACACGGGCUUUCUCACGAGGAUUGGCCGGUUGAUAGACUUCUCGCCUUGUAUAGGUACACGUCUAGACCUAUUUCCGUUUUUCUUCUUUUUAUUUUAUUUUAGAGUAUUCAAGGACAUAAUUGACUGC